AUCUCUCGUGUCGUUCUAUCCUUGCUCGGCCUACCGGUAGAGGCACCACUUGGGCAAGGCGGGGUGUGCCUCAUCGAAAAUGACGGCUAUGGCGUCCUCGACGAUGGCGACCGGGCGACUGUCAGCUGCGCUAGGCGCAUCGUCGACGAUGCCAUGUACCACUGGGGUGAGGCGUGCGCUGCACGGACUUCUCCCGCGAGCCGUACGAUGCCUUCGGCUGCGAUGUUGUGGACAAGGGCGGUCAGGAACCGGUCCCGACCAGGCUCGACUGUCGAGUGCCUGGGAAUCGAUCACCGUUCCUCUACGGAUCAGAACCGGCAAGACGCGGGCGAUUCCCGGUAGGAGAAGCGAAAAUGUGGCAGGGGUAAGGGCGAUGGGUCUGAGCAGUCGGACUGAGGUUGUGGUGGAUGACGACGCGUUCGCGGACUACAAGUGCAGCACCGCUUUCUUGUUUCCUGGCCAGGGAGCGCAAUCCGUGGGAAUGGGCAGCACCGUUGGAGCAACGCCGGAAGCAGUGGCUCUUUUCGAAAAGGCGAACGAGAUUCUGGGGUACAAUCUUCUUGACAUCUGCCUUGAGGGUCCAGAAGAUAAACUCAACUCAACAGUGAUCAGCCAGCCAGCAAUCUACGUUGCAAGCCUUGCAGCUGUUGAGGCGCUGCGAACAAGCGAUGAGGGCCAAGCUAUCCUCAACUCUUGUGAUGUGGCGUGUGGCUUGAGUUUGGGUGAAUACACUGCGCUCUCGUUUGCUGGGGCUUUGAGCCUCUGUCUGUCGGGCGGGUUGGCGGCCAGGCUGCGAGUCACGUGGUCAGCUGGUCUUGGUCGAUCAGCUGCUGCGGAUGCUGCCCCCACUGCAAUGGUUUCUGUUAUCGGAUUAGACAAAGAGAAAGUGAGAGAGCUGUGCGAGGUGGCGACUGGGGAGGCGGGAAACGACAAUACUGUCCAGAUUGCCAACUUCUUGUGCCCUGGUAACUAUGCUGUGUCUGGAUCAUCGAAAGCAUGUGAGAUUAUUGAGAAGAAAGCAAAGGAGUUUGGAGCGAGGAUGACGGUGAGGCUGGCAGUUGCAGGUGCUUUUCACACUCAUUAUAUGGCUCCUGCUGUGGAGAAACUUACAGAAGCAUUGUCAUCAACAACGAUCACGGCUCCACGUAUUCCAGUCAUUUCUAAUGUGGAUGCGAAGCCUCACUCAGAUCCAGAUGUCAUUCGGAAGAUCUUAGCACAACAGGUGACGUCACCUGUGCAGUGGGAAACGACAUUGAAGACACUGCUGGAAAGAGGAAUGGCACAGAGUUAUGAGCUUGGGCCGGGCAAGGUUAUUGCGGGCAUCUUAAAGAGGAUUGAUCGUAAGAUUCCCGUGACAAACGUAAGUGUAUGAGUGGCCUGUGCAUGCGAGACCGUUUAUGCGUGCGUGUGAUAUCGAUGUGGGAAGAAAGCUGUUCUGUGAAGGCUGGAGGAAGGGCUGGCAGCAGGGGAGACCGAGGACACAGAGGAAAGCAAAGCCUAUGUCAGCAAUGGGGUUAUUGCACCACCUUUCCUGUGAGCGGAGCAUCCGUCGACCAGGAGAAGGGUGUGUGUGGCAGGAAAGAUGCAGCAGAGAGGAGGGAGGAGGGAGGAGGGUGGUUGGGAGGGAAGGAUCGCCUGGGCGUUUGAAGGUGUGGACGGAUCUCUGUGUGGGUCAUGCUGGCUGCGGCUGCAGGAAAAGAAGUUGCCCGAGUGUAGUAGCUGUGUAGUGUCGAGAAGGAAAGAUGGUUGGGGGGGUUCGUGCCGCUGCGGCUCAAGUUGUGCACCGGAAGGGGGCGAUGGUUAGAAUAAAGAUGCUGGCUAUGGAGGGUGUAGGCAAGGACUGCCAGGAGGGUAAUUUUGCCGAAUUGUGUAUUUUAAAUCUGGGGCGAUCUUUGUUGGUGUGGCAAAAGUAAAGACAUGCGUGGGGGGAAAUCACGGGGGAUGACUUUGCCUCUACGUUGUUAUUGUCAGUUGUUUUUGGCUUGUUGUAGAGCAAAAUCAUUAUUGUGAAGUAAUUUGGCUUUGAAAGCCAUGAAACCUUCCAGCUGUGGACUCACUGUAGUUUUGCAGGGGAGAGUCAUGAAGAACAUAUAACUGCCACAAGCAGUUGCUAUUGCAGUGUGUUAGCAGUCUCCGCAAACAUCUUUUGCUAUGAAGUUUUGGAGGGCGUAUGCUCUCGUUCUAUUUCCUGACGGAUCAUGCACAACCACCCGCUGGAUAUUUUGGGGUAUCCCAUCAUCUUCCGGACGUGGUUGUGGGCGGAGCAUUCCGUGCAUAUGCCGAGGCCUUGAAGGGUCGCGCCUGUGUUAUUUAUUGAUCACGGUUAUUCCUCAGCGCUUGCUGAUUUGUGUGUGUGCAUGCGUGCGUGUAAAUGACGAAAGGUUUCUGCGAAGCAACACACCUUGUUCGUGCAUUGCUGACCGAGUCCGACUUCGCAGGGAUCGAAUGCACCUUCUGUUCCUCAUGUGGUUGACUAGAAUGCCGGGAUUUUCCUGGAUGAGCUGCGUGGUUGGGUAAGCUGUCGAGUUGCAGCCGCAGCCUUGGUGGAGUGAAAUUCUGCUCGUGGGUUGCGGCCGGGGAUGGGAUGUAUGUCUUGUCGGCUCAAGGAGGAGUGAUUAGGAAACCCUCUUAGCAAGGGUGCCCUUUGUGAGUAGUCGCAAGAUGUGGGGUCAUGAGCAUGAUGGUCAGCACCGCAAGUGUGAGCCUGCAUUAAUAGUCUCUUCUCCGCCUGCGUCAUAAUGAGUCCUUCCCGUGGUCACUGGCUGAUGAGGAAUUGUGAUCUUUUCUCGGCCUGUCGCCACCACAUCUCUCUUUUCCGCCAGUGUUCAGUCUUAACUGGCCUUGGAUUGUGUAUGCCUCUCUUAUGGAGUCGUUUGCAUAGUAGACCAUAUGUGGACUGCUGCUGCAAGGUACUACUAAACUGUUUUGCGUUCUCUCACUAGAUGGAUAUGAGCAAGCAAAAUCUGAUACAUAAGAUGCACGUCUGUGGCCAGAGAUGUGAGUCAAAGCAUAGCAGUUUUGCAUUAUCUUGUGCGUCGUGAGUUGGGAAGUGCCGAGACAGAUGUAAGUUGUACCACUUCAGUUUCAUAUUGUCUUGUGCCAGCGUGUAGUCGACUUGUCGAUGAGUUCAAUCAUAUGUAUUUUGUGCGGCAUUGAAUUUCUGUUUUAUGCUGUGUGACAUUUGCCGCUCCACGAUGGGGAGCGGGUAGAUCGAACACUGGAGGGGAAGGAAAAAGGUUAGAUAUGCAUACUCGGUCCAUAUUGAGGGAGGAUCUCUCUCAAGGAGAGUGAGGAAGUACGUGACAAACUGGCAGGUUAUGAGGGGAAGAAGAGGAAGGAAGUGAUUCCAUCUUGAGGGAGGAUCUCUCUCAAGGAGAGUGAGCAGGAGAUGAGGAGGUAAGUGACAAAUGCGGGCCAUAUUUACUAUGGGAUAAUUCAUAAGGGCAGGGUUCACGAUUGGGGGGUAGGAGGUUGAAGUUGGGGGCUGGGGAGGGGGAGGGGAGUGAGCGGGGAAAGCUCCGAGGAUGGUAGUCACUCGAAAGACAGACGUAAUUCAAUAAUGAGAAGGUGAUGAAUGAACUUGACAGUGUUGA